AAAUAUAAUAUAAUAUAUUAUAUUAUAUAGGUAUAUAUUAUAUAUAUAUAUGAGUAUAUGACUAUAUAAUAAUAUAUAUAUUAUAUAUAUAGUAUAUACUAAUAUUUCUUAUUUUUUUUAUAUAAUUUCCAUUCAAAAUAAAACAAAAUUUUCUUAAAAAGAAUUAUAUUUUUAUCGUUGUAAUUUAUUAAAUAUUUUGUGGAGUAUUUCAAUAAAUCAAAAUCAAAAUUCUGAUGAGUAGUUUAGGUAAACAGAGUAAUAGACCAAUAUUACAAGUUAGCUCCUGCCUUUAAGUGCCUUAAUACUUUUAUUAAAAAUAUCCAUCUUCCAUUCAACUAUGACUUUGAAAAAUAACUGUUUUCAUAAUUUUAGAUUUUAUAAAUCAUAAGUUGACUAAUUGUUAUAAAUAAUACCUAUAUCUUUGGGUAAUUAAUAUUUAUCAUUUACAAAAAAAUAUUUUACCAUCUAAAAUUAAAAUACUUACAAUGAAAGUUAAUAAAACUGAACAUUAUUAAGUUGCUAAAGACAUCCCCAGUAAUAAUUUAAUAAUUUAAUAUGUAGGUAAUCACUGAUCACUAAUAAAUGAGUAUAAUAAAUGAUAGUUCUAUAGAAUAUUGAUCAAUACCGAUAACUGUAUGAAAAAGUAGGAAUUAUCUGGAUUAGUUUCAUUCCUACACUUAAUUUCAGCACUCACUGCUCACUAAUUGGAUGUCAUAAUAUGUAAAUGAGAAAAAAAAAUAAAGUACUUAUUUAUUAAGAUAAGCAGAUGUCAUGAAUUCAUGUGGUUCUAAUAUAAAAGAAAAAUAUAAGAAUUGUGCUUAUCUAUAGUUUUGAUAGAAGUAGAUAGGUAUUGGUACCAACACUAUUAUAUAGAUUAAAUACAGUAUUUAUUGUAAGAAAAUUAAUUAACCAUUAUUAGUUAUUAUUGAAUUAUAUCAAAUAAUAGCUAAAUAUAAAACGAAAUUUGAGAAAAAAUUUAUCUACCUAUUAUAAACAAAACAAAUAUCGUGAUUUGAAUACAAAACAUUUUAUCGCGGAAGUUUUUGCCAAUAAUAAGACUAAAUUAUUUUAAACAAUUAAUAGUAGUAUACAGAAAGUUUAUUACAUCAAUUCAAAAUAAAUUUAAUAUUUUCAUCCAUUUCGACCAAUGUAAGUACAUCGUUAAAUAUAUUUCUUGAAAAAUUAAAUAUAAAACCAAUAUUUAUAGCAACAAAAACAAUUCGUAGAAUAAAAAGUUGACACAUGUUCAUUAAGCAUGUACAAAUUAUGUUUGAAUAAAUUAUAAAUCCAAUCAUAAUAUCUACUAAAUUACGAAAAGGCGUGAAGCCGUGAACAUUUUAAUGUUUGUUACUUUAAACAAUCAAUAUUAAUAUAUUAUACUAAAGAAAAUGAAACAAUGAACUCAAUAUGCUACUCAGUGGUAAAAAAUACAAUAUUAUUGAAAUGACGUCUGUUUUCAAAACAUCACUUGAGCCUAUUUUAACUUUAGGCAAGAUUUUUGGUUUGAUUAACAUUUCUUAUACAUUAGAACCCGCUGGAUUAUUAAUUUGGAAUAUACACUCAACAUAUUAUUACUCACUUCUUGAAUAUACACGGAUGAUUGUCUUGUUAUUAUUUACAUAUUUGGUUUAUAUCGAUGAGUUAUAUUAUAUCGUACAUUACCGUUUGGUUAAAUUUUGGAUUACUAUUAUUGCAGCAAGAUCAUCAGAAAUAUGGACAAUAAAGUAAGAAUGAUAAAUAAUUAUACAUUAAUCAUUUUAAAUUUUUAAAACAUUUCCGAGGAUAAAAAUAUAAUACAAUAUGCAUACUGGAAAUAAAAUAAUUUUUAAUGAGAUCAUUAUUCAGCUAAAUUAUAGAUAGACAUCGGAGGGGUAGGAAUUAGAUCCCAAUAACGUAAAUAAUCUUGCUACCAAAUGAAAUCACAUGUAUUUUAAAUAGGAAAACCCAUUAUGGAUCGUUUUUAUAGUAAUCGAAUCGUAGGCUGCAACUUUGAACCAAGAUAGCUCCCCCAACAAAAAAUGUCGACCGAAUAUUCUAGAAUAUCAGCUAAUUAACUAUUAAGUAUAGUUAAUAGAAAUGGCAUAAAAAAGUUGACAUUGAAUUUUUCAUUAAAAAACGCAAUUAUUUAGAUUUACUAUAUUCCAAGUCAAUUUUGGUAAUUUUUGAAUAAGUAAUAAUAAUUUUACAUUUUUUUGUUUAUUUUAUGUCAUUUAUCACUUUUAUGUUAGGGUAACCAAAACUUUAACAUAAUCUUUUAGUCAUUAGUGUAUAUAAAAAUAUAAAUAAACUUGGUUAUAUUUAUGAUUAAUAAUUCGACGGUGCAUUAUAUAAUAAAAAAUAUUAUAUGAUACAAUUAUUGUUAUAUAGUUAAGAAGUAUGUAUAUUAUAUGAAAUAUAUAGGUAUUAUUAUUUUUAGGUUAAAACAAAUUUCCUUUAAUUAUUGUGUAAUAUAAAUAUUUUUUUAAGAUUGAUUAAUGGCAUUAUACAAUUUGAUCAAAAAGUGGAUUUACUUUCACCAGCAUUUAUGGUUCACCAAAAUUCGAUCAGUAAAAAGAAAUGGAACAUCGUAUUGGCUGUAUUAUUUUUAUACUUCAUUGGAUAUGAAGUAUAUGACAUUUACUUAUGGCCACCUGCCACAUUUGAUUUUAACACCUUCCUCAUAUUUUUUUUCGGAAUGCCUUACAUUUUAGACUAUGUGGUUAUUAUAACCGUAUAUUUUUAUCUCAGUAACAUCGCAUGUAGAUUUCAAACAUUAAACGAUUUCUGGAAGUGCCUUCCUCUUGGAUUAGUUUCCGUUCCAGGUGAAUGGACGUAUUCAGAAUUAGCCAUGUUAAUGGAGAGCAUUAGGUUGUUACACGCUGAACUAUCUCAAUUAUUCAAGAUAUUCAGUUGCAGUUAUGGUACACUGUUGUUAGUUUUUUUUGUUUGCUGCAUUAUCGAUAUUAUAUAUUUAAUUUAUUUGAUGAUCGAACUUGAAAAUGUGAUAAAACAUGUACCAUUACACAUGUUAAAUAUUCAAAUAGUUAUUUUUUUGAUGUCCGUCAUUCUUGCUGCCUCGUCAAUAAAUGAAAAGAAAAUAAAAAUAGUAUCAUAUUUACGGUUGAUUCCUAUUUCAAAAUUACCAGUUGAAAUAAAAACACAAAUCAAGAUGUUUCUGUAUCAAAUAUCAUUACUGAACUCAGAUGAAAUUACAGCUUUCGGAUUUUUCAAUAUCAAUUUGAAUCUAGUUGUAUCAAUUACCAUGUUACUGAUGGUUGGAUUUUCAACACUUAUACAGAUGAAAGAUCAUCCAAUUAUUCUAGCAAUGGUUAAAAAUACACAAGUCUAUCACAGCAAUUGGGAAAAUGUGUAUGCAAAAAACUACUCAAGACAUGGUUCAUAAUAUCUUUAAAGAUACAAUUUCAUAUUUAUUAAUUAACUAUUACAUUGAUAAUUAUUUAAGUUCCAAUCUAAUUAAAUUUUUAUCUAAGUAAAAAAAAGUGUAGAAGUAUACUUAUACUUGUAAGCACCUGGAGAUCCGACCCUUAAACCUCUACACAACUCAUAAAAUUCGCCCAUUUAUUGGAUUUAUAGUACAUAUUAUUUUAAAUUCAUGUACCAAUUACAUAAUUUUUAUUUUUUUUUAUAUCGUAUUUAUACUGUUAAUUAUAAAUUAUUUAUUAAUCCAUGAAUUAUUAAUAUUACUAUUUUAUAUUUAAUUAUUAUAUAGUAACUUUGCUGUUAAUGUGAAUGUACAAAUAAUAAUAAAAAUAAAAAUAAAUGUCAUUACAUCUACAUAUAAUAAAUAUAAUAUA